AUGACAACCACAGGUAUUAAUGGUAAUAUUGGCGACCCCUUUGUCAACUUUAAAGAUUUCCAGCACGCCCUAGGCAUCGCCUAUUACAGUCUGGGAGAUUUCCGGAAAGCCAUAGAGUACCAUGAACGACACCUCGAAAUUUCGAGAGAAGUGGGAGACAGGGCUGGAGAAAGGAAAGCGUACUGUAAUCUUGGCAACGCCUAUGACAGUCUUGGAGAUUUCCAGAAAGCCAUAGAGUACCAUGAACGAGACCUCAAAAUUUCGAAAGAAAUGGGAGACAGGGCAGGAGAAGGAAGAGCUUACUGUAAUCUUGGCAACGCCUAUGACAGUCUUGGAUAUUUCCAGAAAGCCAUAGAGUACCAUGAACGACACCUCAAAAUUUCGAAAGAAGUGGGAGACAGGGCAGGAGAAGGAAAAGCGUACGGUGAUCUUGGCAACGCCUGUCGCAGUCUUGGAGAUUUCCAGAAAGCCAUAGAGUACCAUGAACGACACCUCAAAAUUUCGGAAGAAGUGGGACACAGGGCAGGAGAAGGAAGAGCGUACGGUAAUCUUGGCAACGCCUGUCACAGUCUUGGAGAUUUCCAGAAAGCCAUAGAGUACCAUGAACGACGCCUCAAAAUUUCGAAAGAAGUGGGAGACAGGGCAGGAGAAGGAGGCGCGUGCGGUAAUCUUGGCAACGCCUAUCACAGUCUUGGAGAUUUCCAGAAAGCCAUAGAGUACCAUGAACGACACCUCAAAAUUUCGAAAGAAGUGGGAGACAGAGCAGGAGAAGGAAAAGCGUACGGUAAUCUUGGCAACGCCUAUGACAGUCUUGGAGAUUUCCAGAAAGCCAUAGAGUACCAUGAACGACGCCUCAAAAUUUCGAAAGAAGUGGGAGACAGGGCAGGAGAAGGAAGAGCGUACGGUAAUCUUGGCAUCACCUAUGACAGUCUUGGAGAUUUCCAGAAAGCCAUAGAGUACCAUGAACGAGACCUCAAAAUUUCGAAAGAAGUGGGAGACAGGGCAGGAGAAGGAAGAGCUUACUGUAAUCUUGGCAACGCCUAUCACAGUCUUGGAGAUUUCCAGAGAGCCAUAGAGUACCAUGAACGAGACCUCAAAAUUUCGAAAGAAGUGGGAGACAGGGCUGGAGAAGGAAUAGCGUACGGUAAUCUUGGCAACGCCUAUGACAGUCUUGGAGAUUUCCGGAAAGCCAUAGAGUACCAUGAACGACACCUCAAAAUUUCGAAAGAAGUGGGAGACAGGGCAGGAGAAGGAAAAGCGUACGGUAAUCUUGGCAACGCCUAUCACAGUCUUGGAGAUUUCCGGAAAGCCAUAGAGUACCAUGAACGACACCUCAAAAUUUCGAAAGAAGUGGGAGACAGGGCAGGAGAAGGAAGAGCGUACGGUAAUCUUGGCAACGCCUAUCACAGUCUUGGAGAUUUCCAGAAAGCCAUAGAGUACCAUGAACGAGACCUCAAAAUUUCGAAAGAAGUGGGAGACAGGGCAGGAGAAGGAAGAGCGUACGGUAAUCUUGGCAACGCCUAUCACAGUCUUGGAGAUUUCCAGAAGGCCGUUCAGUGUUAUGAGAACAGUGUUACAGCCUUCGACCACAUUAGGAGAAAUCUCAUAUCUAACGACGAAUGGAAGAUUACCCUUAAAAGUACGUAUGAUAAUAUUCAUUUGAGGCUGUGGGAGCUGCAGUUUAAGGAAGGUAAAGUCAUUGAGGCACUUUUAACUGCUGAUCAAGGACGUGCAGGAGCCUUAAAUGAUCUUCUGGAGUCCAAGUAUGGCCUUAAAGGGCUACGCCCAGAAAUAGGAACACUUUCUGCAAGACCAAGUGACUUUGCUAGUUAUUUACCACCAAAUACAGCUUUUAUGGGUAUCAGCGAGGGAGGAAUAGUUCUCUGGGUGAACGAGAAAGGAAAGGAAAUCAAAACUAGAAGAACUGUGAUUGACAUGUCCGUCACAACCUAUUUUCAGUCUCUACUGGAGGCUACACAUAAAGAAAUAGGUGUAAAAGCUGAUGUUAAUUGUGAAGAUCGCUCAUUAAGUAACCCAAGCGAUAAGAAGUUAGCAGAAAAAAGAUCAAGUAAGCCAAAGUCUCAUCCUUCAUAUUUUGAGACAAAUUCAUUGCAAACAUUUUACAACGUUGUCAUAGACCCUAUAAGAGACUUACUCCAGGGCGAUGAGGUUGUGAUUGUUCCACAGGGACCUCUUUGUUUGGCGCCUUAUUCUGCUUUCAUGGACUUAAAAUCAAAGUACCUCUGCGAAACGUUUAGAAUUCGUCUGCUUCCCUCACUUUCUAGUCUGGAAUUAAUCCAAAAUUGUCCAGCAGAUUGGCAUAGCAAGACUGGCGCUCUUCUUGUCGGCGAUCCGUGGGUACAGGAGGUGGUUUAUGAAGGAGAGCCGCUUGAUCAGUUAAUUUGGGCCAAGAGGGAAGUGCAGAUGAUUGGGGAGAUACUUCAAGCUGUACCUCUCGUUGGAAUGCAGGCAACAAAAGAUGAAGUUUUAAGACGUAUCUCGUCGGUUGCUUUGGUGCACAUUGCUGCUCACGGUAAAAUGGAAACAGGAGAAAUUGCCUUGGCCCCUAACACAACGCGUUCAUCCGUAAAUCCAGGUAGGGAGGACUAUCUCUUAACUAUGAAAGAUGUUUUAGAUGCGCAGAUUAGGGCAAGACUUGUUGUACUUAGUUGUUGUCAUAGUGCUUGGGGAGAAGUCAAAUCUGAGGGUGUGGUCGGCAUAUCGCGGGCGUUUUUGGGUGCUGGUGCUCGUGCUGUUCUGGUGUCCCUGUGGGCGAUCGACGACAAAGCUACUAUGGAGUUUAUGAAAGUUUUCUACCAAGAACUAGUCCAUGGACGAAGUGCCAGUGAGGCCCUGAAUAAAGCCAUGAAAUCCAUGAGAGCAUCUGACGACUUUAGCGCAGUGAGGUACUGGGCGCCUUUUGUUCUCAUUGGUGAUGACGUAACGCUCGAGUUUGAAGGCAUCAAUUAAAUAGCAAGGUAUUUUGGAAUAUAUUUAAUCCUGGGAUCAUAAUCCUUGCAUCUGCAAUCGUCAUUUUAACUAGCAAUUAUUUUUUUUUGCUUUAUCGGGGAACGAACUCCACCGAUGCCACGUGUAGCGUCGAUCUGCUUAUCCCUGGUCAAGUUGACAGUAAGAAAGAAAACUUUGUUUGGCAGUCAAACAUUACAAAAUUUAUUUCAAAUUUCGUGAUUUCUUUACAUUUAAAAGUGACGGUGAUCCUGUUUGAGCUCUUUCCGAAUGAUUGUAACUUACAGUCGAACCUAACGUAAGGGACCACCCAAAAUUCCGGUCGCUUACGGAAGGUGUUGGCUUAGGAGAGUUUCUAUGUUUGGUGUUCUGAGUGGGAACAUUUAGUAUUGGGUGGUUGCUUAUAAGAUUCAAUAUUCUAACCAGCAGCUGAAAGUAAAUCCUAUAUUAAUUUCCCCAGGGNUGGUGGUGGGGUUGUUGUUGUUGUUAUUAUUGUUUUUUUUUGUGUUGUUUGAUAUGAAUAUAUUUGUAUUGUGAUAAAAAAAUAAAAAAAAUAUCAAAAAAAAAAAAAAAAAAAAAAUUAUUAUAAAUUACAGGCGGUGUGUUUUUAGUGGAAGGUGGUGGGGGGGGGGGGGGGGGGGGGGGAGUGAGAGGGGAGGGGCUAAUUCAAUUAACCGAAUAUCGUAGUGUCCAUAAAGAACUAGAACACAAAGUGGAAAAGCUUCUAGCUAGUUGGAGGUCAUACGGCCGAAGAAAAACAAUGAACCAGUCUGAACGUUCAGUCUAAUUACAGUUGCACCUAUCAUAUAUGUCUAUUGUUUAAGAAUAAUGGUGGGGCUUGAAAGAGAGAGGGGGGCCGGCUGUCACGCUUUCUUUCUCUGAACAGAUUGGAGGGUUUGGAGAGGUGGGGGGGGGAGGCUUUAUUAAGCAUUUUCGGUUGUAAAUAUCGGUUAAUCUGCAAUAAGGUUUCCCGUUCGAUGUGAGUUACAGGUUUUAAUGGUAUUCUAUGCUCGAAAUGAUUUCGAAGUCAGCGCCAAAUUAUUAACUGAUUGACUUCGCUGGCUGAAAUCACUAUUCUUCUGCAGCUUGCUAACGUUUCUCCUUGCUGUUUUUGUUGUAUAGGUACGAUGAAGAAUGCAGUGAAGCAGUUCCUAAUUAUCUGAAGUCGAAGACAGUUUAAUUUUCAUCACAAUUACGCGGUAGAGCGUUCCUCGCAAGGAUGGCAACUCUUUAUCUUGAAGAGAAAGAAAAUGAUGCUUCUUCUUUUGAUUUAUUUGUUUUUGUCACAUUACAGGCUGUAGACUUUAGAUAAAUGUACAGAAAAAGAUGGUGGCGGGAAAGCCUGAACUGGAAGCCUGGGGCUUAGGUAGGGUCCAGGCUCCUCCUAGGUUAUUUUAAGUAGACUUACAUUCUCGUCCCCAGAGCCUCCUAGGGGCCUGAGC